AUGGCAAUUCCUAAUUAAUUCAAAACUAUAAAAAAAGCAAUUCAAUUAAAUUAUUAAAUGAUGAAUGAAAUGCAGCAUUUUAUUAAAAAUUUCUAUAGUUAUCUAAUGUUAUAAGCAAUAGAAAGAUCUUGGAAAAAGUUUAUUGAUGAAUGUGAUAAAAUAUAAGAUUUAGAUGGUUUAAUAAAAAUACAUGAAUUAUUCAUAUCUGAUAUAUUAGAUAGAUCAUUCUUAAAUACUAAAGGAGAAUCAACAUAAAAGUUGUUAUUUAAAUUAUUUGAUUAUAUAUUCAGAUUUAAAAGUUGUCAAGAAUUACUCUUAAGUUAUGCCAAAGAUUAAAUAUCUUAAACUGAUAAUUAGCAAUUAUAAUUGAAGAAUAUAUUAAAUAAACAAUAAAAUAUUAGUAGAUAAAAUCAAAAUAAAAAAUAAGAUAACAUAAAGUCUUCAUUAGAAUCGAGGAAAUGA